AUGGCGCCAAUCGUUCCGGCCCUGAGCAGGUCGCGCAGGCAGCCCCAACUGCAUCUUGUGUCCAAUGAAGAUUCUGUCUACGAACAAGAUGUUCUCCGCGAUCCCGGUAGUGUUAAGCCAUGGCUAGCAUACAUCGAGUUUAAAACACGACACGGCACAGUACUCGAGCAGGCAUACGUGAUGGAGCGGGCCUGCACGCAGUUACCUCGAUCGUACAAAUUAUGGAAAUUGUAUCUUUCGUUUCGAGUUAAGCACGUCGCUAAGUUGAACUCAGGGUUAUUCGCCACUGAGUAUCGCAAAAUCAAUGCUCUCUUUGAAAAGGCUCUCAAUUUGCUGCACAAAAUGCCACGAAUAUGGGAGAUGUACCUCAGAUUCUUGAUAAAACAGCCACUCGUAACCAUUACCCGACGAACAUUCGACCGAGCCUUGCGAGCUCUACCGAUAACACAGCACAAUCGCGUAUGGGCCAUCUACAGACCUUUUGCGGAUUCUGCUGCUGGAGAGACUGCUGUGAAGAUUUGGCGGCGCUAUAUGCAAGUACAUCCCGAAGAUGCCGAAGAUUUUAUUGAACUGCUUGUGCAGAAUGGCUUAUAUACUGAAGCUGCGCUCAAGUUUAUUGAUGUUCUCAACAAUACAAGGUUCAAUAGCAAGCACGGCAAGGGCCAUUAUGAACUCUGGAGUGAAAUGGUGGACCUCCUUGUUGAACACGCUGCCGAUAUCGAAACUGGCCACGAAACUGGAAUUGACGCCGACCGUAUUAUUCGAAGUGGCAUCACACGAUUCGCUGACCAACGAGGGAAACUCUGGUCUGGUCUUGCCACCUACUGGAUCCGAAGGGGAAGCUUUGAACGGGCGCGUGAUGUGUUCGAGGAGGGUAUCACUACAGUCAUGACUGUCCGGGAUUUCACCCUUAUCUUCGAGGCGUAUACCGAAUUUGAAGAGUCGAUAAUUGGGGCUUUGAUGGAAGUCGCAUCCGCGCGUGCUGAGAAAGGCAUCGAUGAUGAGAAUGCAGACUUCGAAUUGGAUAUCAGAAUGAUGCGUUUUGAGCAACUCAUGGACAGACGCCCAUUCCUCUUGAACGACGUUUUGCUGCGCCAGAAUCCAAACAACGUACCUGAAUGGGAGAAGCGGGUGGCCCUUUGGGGCGAAAACAAGAAAGAGGUUGCUCAGACUUACACAGAUGCUAUUGCAGCUAUUCAGCCAAAACGUGCCGUGGGAGCUUUCCAUCAGCUCUGGGCCAAUUACGCCAAGUUUUAUGAACGUGGAGGCGACUUAAGAAACGCUCGUGUCAUCAUGGAGAAGGCCAUUAAAGUCCCUUUCAAGUCGGUGGCAGAGCUCGCCGACAUGUGGAUUGAAUGGGCAGAGAUGGAGCUGCGGAAUGAAAAUUUCGAUGACGCCGUCCGCAUCAUGGCUAAAGCAGUUCAAGCACCCAAACGAUCUACCGUCGACUACUUCGACGAGACAUUGUCGCCCCAACAACGAGUUCACAAAAGCUGGAAACUUUGGAGUUUCUACGUUGACCUUGUCGAAAGCGUAUCAACUUUGGAAGAGACCAAGAAGGUAUAUGAACGAAUAUUCGAGCUUCGAAUUGCUACACCUCAAACAGUCGUCAACUACGCAAACUUGCUUGAGGAGCACAAAUACUAUGAAGAGUCGUUCAAGAUUUAUGAACGCGGCUUAGAUCUUUUCAGCUAUCCUGUUGCUUUCGAGCUUUGGAAUCUAUAUCUCACCAAAGCUGUUGAUCGCAAGAUUGGCAUUGAACGACUCCGAGAUCUUUUUGAGCAAGCCGUAGAGGACUGUCCCCCCAAGUUUGCAAAAACCAUUUACCUGAUGUACGGCAACCUGGAAGAGGAGCGCGGCUUGGCACGGCAUGCCAUGCGAAUCUACGAACGGGCCACAAGGGCUGUCGCAGACGAAGAUCGAGCCGACAUGUUCAACUUUUAUAUCACCAAAUCCGCUUCCAAUUUUGGUCUCACAUCAACUCGACCAAUCUAUGAGAGAGCCAUCGCUGCUCUCCCUGACGUUGAAGCUAAAGACAUGUGUCUGAAGUUCGCUGAUAUGGAGAAGAGGUUGGGCGAAAUUGACCGGGCUCGCGCCAUCUAUGGCCACGCAUCGCAGUUCUGCGAUCCCAGAACCAGCCCUGAAUUCUGGACGAAGUGGGAGCAGUUUGAAGUACAGCAUGGCAACGAAGAUACGUUCAAGGAAAUGCUGCGCAUCAAGCGAAGUGUGCAAGCGCAGUACAACACCGAUGUCAACUUUAUUGCUUCUCAAGCUCUGGCACGCAGCCAACGUCGACCUGAGGGCGCUGGGGAUGCCGAGGUAACUGAUGCAAUGGCAGCUCUGGAACGGCAGUCAAGGGCACCACAAGGAUUUGUCGCAGCGAGCACGGGUCCAGUUGGAGGGAAUCCAGCGCCAGCCGCUGUUCCAUCAAAUCCCGAUGCCAUCGACAUUGAUGACAUUGACGAGUGA